CGUACGCGCAGGCGCAGCGACCCCUCUCUUCUGAUAUUUUAUUUACUCCCGAAACCCAAGAUGGCUCCUGUGAAUGUCUCAGUCCCGUAGCAAAUCGAGGAUGCAAGUAGCUGCCGAAAAAACAACUUUUCCCCGACCGUCGCGUCCCCUGGAGUUCAAUCCGUAUGUUGCGGAGGAGGCUCUAACGUCCGUGUAGGCACCGAGCAGCCGUCGGAGCUCCGCGAAAGCUUCUUCAAUCCCCCAAUUUGGAGUAGUUUCGCGAAGUAGCUCUUCUCCUCGCUGUCGCUGUCUGUCCGGAGCGAGGUUCAGGCAGGCAGGCAGCUCAUCCAAAUGGCCGAACCGAGAAAAGUGCAAUUUGUCACCCUCUCGGCCUUCGCAGCUGGAGCAGCCGCGGAGUCUAGGAAACGCCGGCUGGAGGAUGAGGCCGACUUCAACUUCAACAGAGCCGGGGAGGUCGAGGCAGCGACCGGGGCAGGAGGUGCUGCCAGCAACGGUCGUCUCGGUAAAACCGGCGACAGGGACAAGGCUACAGCCGAGAGGAGGGCGACUGUUCGGCUCAACCUGCCCCUGUCCGAGCCCGACGACCGCUCCUCCGCCGAGUUUAAUUACGGCGAACUCAUCCAAAACCUCCAGGCAAAGAAUAAUCUUCCGAGUUUGACUUCAGCCAACAAUCCCAACGAUCCCUUCAACGAUGAGGAGAGAGAGCGGCUCCAUGUUGAAGCCCUGGCCAAAAAGUUUGAAAAUAAAUAUGGUAACACAGGAAAGAAGAAAAGGAAGGACAGAAUGCAAGAUUUGAUUGAUAUUGGGUUUGGCUAUGACGAGACAGACCCCUUUAUAGACAACUCAGAAGCUUAUGAUGAGCUGGUGCCUGCGUCUCUGACCACAAAGCUGGGGGGAUUUUACAUCAACACUGGCACGCUGCAGUUCAGAGCGGCCUCUGACUCCGAGGGAGAGGAGGACAAGAAGCUGAACAAAGACAAGGAGCAGGUGGUGAAGAAGAGGAAAAAGAAGGAAGUGAACAACCUGGAGGAGAAGAACCCGAAGAAGAACAAAGUACCCAAACAGGGAGUGACAGCUCUGAGCCUCCACCGGCCAGAGAAGAAGAAGAGGAAGAAGCUGAUGAAGGACUCGCUGUAUCUGGCGGCCAUGCUCCGCCGCUUCACCCGGGAGAAGGAAGAGAUGAGGAAAAGGAACCCCAACAUGGCUCACCCCGGCCUGGCAGGAGGUGUGGCUAACAAGCCCCACUCCGGCAACUCAACGAACCACCUGUUAGCCUCGAACUCCACUCACCCGCAGGGCAACGCAGCCGGCAACGACCUCUCGCUGGCAGACCUCACCUCGGACCCCGCUGUGAUGUCACUGCUGGGCUCGGCCAACGAGAAGGAGCUGCAGGAUCUCCUAGGCGACCUGGACUUCAGCUUGUUGGACACUGACCAGCAGCACGCCAUGGCGACCGCCAGAGAGAACGGCAUUCUGGGAGUCGGUGUUCCGGCUCAUAAAGCGGCGGCGGCGGCGGCAGCAGCAGUAGGAGGAGGUGGCCAAGGGCGAGGCCUGGGGUCUUCCAGUGGACUGUUUUCCCCGCCCCCGCUCCCCAGUGGACUGCCUGCUCCUCUUAUUAAACGCAUCGAGGACCUGCGGGCGGCCUCGCGGCAGUUUGAUCAGGAGGGCAGGAAGAAAUUUUUCACCCUGGACAUGAAUAACAUUCUCCUGGAUAUUGAGCUGCAGGUCCAGGAGCAGCCUCCCGAGGUGCGCACAGAUAUCUACACGCACAUGGAGGCAUUUGUGCCGUGCAAUAAAGAAGCGCUCCUCAAACGCCUGAAGAAACUCAGCCUCAACAUCCAGGACGAUCGCCUGCGGACGCCGCUGUUGAAGCUGAAGCUGGCGGUGUGCAGCGUGAUGCCUGAGCAGAUAGCAAAAUAUAACAUGGACUGCAUGGCCAAGGUUGCAAAGCAGCAGUCGGAGGAGGGAGAUAAAAACGGCUCAGAGGAGGAGGAUGAGGAGAAACCUGGGAAAAGAGUGAUGGGUCCACGGAAGAAGUUUGUCUGGGAUGACAAGCUCAGGAACCUGCUGUGCAGCUUGGUGCGAGUAAAGCUGAGCUGCUAUGAGAUGGAGAAUCAGUGCUCUCUGUCUGUGGAGGACUACCUCAAGGCCUUCUUAGAGAAUGAGGUCAAACCACUAUGGCCUAAGGGCUGGAUGCAGACCAGGAUUCUGUUCAAGGAAAGUCUCACCGUUCACAAUCACCUCACUGGAAACCUAGUCAAGAGGAGGAUGGUGCCUGGACCCAAGGCCAAAGCCAAGGAGGGUCUUUGGAUCCACAAGCCGCCUCUCACCAUGACCUCCACUCCAUCUCUGCCCACCUCCACAUCCGUUCUGACGUCCAGCCGCCAGCCCCCCUCCUCGUCCUCGCCCUCGGAGCCCAUCUGUCUGUCGGACUCCCUGGACGAGGACCUGACCGCUCCGUCUCUGGACUCCAUCUCUCACGCUCUGGCCCUCCUCAGCAACGCAUCCAAGGGCCUGGGCCCCUCGGACAGCCCCUUGUCGCCUCCUCCGCUGCAAAUACCCACCUCUUCUCCUCCUCCCGUCGCUCCUCACUACCCCUCGGCCUCUCAGCUCUCCGCCUCGGUCGCAUCAACGCAGCAACAUUCCCUGUCGAAGGUGGAGAACGCUCCGCUGGCAGCUGCGUCUGCUGGGAACUUGCCAACAUCCACAACGCUACCAACCUCCUCUUCUACCUCCUGUUCCUCGUCUCCGGUGGUCUCCUCCAUGGCUCGUGUGCAGGCGGCAGGCCUGUCGUUGGCCUCCAGGACUGCAGAUGGUCACUACGGCCCAAUCAAAGGAUCUGGCGCCAUGGGCCAAACCCAGACUCAGAGACAUGUUACCAUGGCACUGCCCAAUCACAGAACGACCUCUGUGAUAGGCAAGAUGCGUCCACACCCCUCCCCUUCGCCCCCAAAGCAGCGGCCUCCUCCCACAGCUUCCCCUCUGCUGCCUCCCCAUCAGAAAGGCUUUGCCAGCCCAGUGGGGAUACUGGGAGCUUUGGGAGCCACUCCAGGACUGACCAAGAGCAGUGCCAAAUCCAGCGGCAUCAGCAGCAACGGCAGCAUCUUGAACAGCAACAUCACACCUUCUUCCUCCCCCUCGCCUCAGUCCCGCUCCAACUCUACCUCCCACCACGGCCUGCAGUCCUUCUGCCCUCCCUCUCCUGCUGCCUCCUCACCAUCCCCCACCUCCCACACCUCGCACACCUCCCACACCUCACACUCCUCUCAAGGUAAAUCCCACACACACCACCACCACCAGCCCAACUUCAUCACACCCAUGCAGGCCACCCUCACCAAGUCCUCCCACAGCAGCAACUCGUCCCCCAUCAUCAAACUCACCCCUCGGCCUCCUGCACCCACCCCACCUCCCUCCUCCUCCCCCUCACCUUCAUCCUCACCCUCACACCCGCUCCCCCAUCAGAUGAUCCCCAGCCAACAGCAGCAGCACCAGUACUCUCCCAAAACCCCCAAGACUUUUCGGCCUCCCUUCAACGUCGGGCAGGUGAAGCAGACGCAGGGCGGCUGCAGCUUUGUCGGGGGGGCGAAACCUCAGUCCACCACUAGCAACAGUAGCAUCAACAACAACUCCAACAACAAAGGAGUGGUAUCAGCAGUCUGCAGUCAUCCAGACAAAACUUCCCUGUCUCCUGCACCUUCAGUCUCAGCCAAUCACGGGCAGAGGCAGAGGGUGGUGGGCGGGGCCAACCAGGGCUCAAAAGCAGGAAAUGGUUGGGCGGCUUCAGGGACUUUGGCCACGUCCUCCACAACGUCACACCUCUCACAGGUAUCAAGCGCAGGCUCUCCACUCCUGGGCAGCCCCUCUGCUCUGCCCCUGGGCUUCGGGAUGUUAGGAGGCCUCGUGCCCGUCUCGCUACCCUUCCAGUUUCCCUCAUUGCUCAAUUUCAGCCCUCCUGGAGCCCCAGGGGCAGCUGGCAUGGGCUCAGCCCCCAGCUCCAACUCAGGAUACCCGCUAGCACAGAGCGACCUAAUGGAUCUGUAUAAGAGUCUCCAGUCAGGGUCGCAGGCUGCCCUACCUCCUCACUUGCAGCUUGCUUUCUCAGAUGCGAACCAAAGCCAGGGUGGAGACAUGAAGAGGAAAACCCACUGACCAAUAACAGCGCAGGAGACGACGCCAGCGGGGCGACAUCACAGCCCGCUGGACGCGUCCACCAAUAGGAAUCUUCACUUUGACUGACAGGAUGAUGUGGUAUGAGGGGGCGGGGCUCCACUGCCUCUUUUAAAAGAAAAAAAACAACAACGGACCUAAAAGAGAAUCCUCGCUACAAGUGGCAAUGAUGAAUUAAUUUAACUGUCUUUUUUUUUUUUCUUUUUUCUAAUGAACCGGGUAUGAGAACAAGACGGCGCGAAUGACGAGAACACUUAUUUUUGUUCGGCUUAUUUUAUUUUUUUUUUUUGUCAACAUGUUUACAUAUGACCGACCUUGAUCACUGUGGAAUGAGUGUGAGCGAGGUGGUGGUACAGAUGAGAGUAGUAGUACGCUACAUAAUAUAAUUUGUAUUUAAGCUUAUGUGGAAUAACAGGACUCUUGUUCUUUGCAGUACAAAAAAGAAAAAAAAAGAAAAACAGACUGAGUAAUGAUUUUUCGUUUUUCUGUCUUUCGUCUCAGAUGUGGGAAUUGUCGUGUCUGUAGAAGUUUAUCGUUGGUCACCUCUGCUCCCACAAAUGACUGUUAAGUAGUAGCUUAAAUUAAUAUUGAUAAAUUAUUUGUAAUUUACACAGGGACAAAACACAUGUUGUGCGUGCGAGUGGUGAGGUUGAUUUGAAUGCGUGUAUGUAUAUAAAAAAAAAAAAACACAAUAUACUGUUAAAUUCUUUCCAGAUUAUUAUUAUUAUGACUGGGUAAGGAUGCGUAUCCCCCUUUCACAAUAAUGAGCAAGUGUAAGUUUGAUGCCCCUCUCUUGCUCAGUGUGUUUUUUUGGUGCUGUUUAAUCACACUGGACCUUUUCUGGGAAAACAUAAAAAAAAAAAAAAAAAAAGACUUGAAUUGAAUAAAGUUCUGGGCUCCUCUUCUGGACAGAGGAAGCGCCUGUGAGAGAGGGGAGAAUCGACAAGAUUGUAGCCUACUUGAAUUGUUUUUUUUGUUUUUAUUCCUCUUUGUUUUUUUAUUUUAUUUUAUUUUAUUUUAAAUGAAUUAAGUUGUUUUUUUUUCUCUGCUUAUUGACUCAAACCAACUUAAUAUAACAAAAACGCCUUAGUUUGUAUUGAAAAAGUAUGAAAAAGAUCUAUGCAGGACUGUAAAACGCUCAAUGCAAAAGUGCAAGUCGUGGCUUGGCUUUCAACCUCUACUCAACUUGUCAGUGCAUUUCUGGAGUUGUGAAUGUUUGUAGAUGCUGUUCUGUCACUCGAGACUCCUUUGUGUUUUUUUUCCGAUGUGUGUUCAGACAGAAAGCGGAGUGAGUUUUAGACGCAGCGCAAAGGCAGCGACAACAGAAUAAAGCUAUUUAUUGCAAUUGGCCUGAAGCAUGUCUGUGCACAGGAAGUGUUUCACAAUAAAGGUUUUAAAAAAACAAAACAACAACUUCUGAUUUAGGAGUGUUCACAUGUUUUUAAGAAGAGGUUAGCUUUGUGCUGAUCUGACCAAAUAAACCGCACAAAUGAGCUACAAGUUGUCGUGUUACACAUUUCUAGAAGUUUCUUCUAACGUGAAAGCAAAUGCAGAUUCUAGUUCUUACAAAACAUCCCUCAGUUUGAUUUUAUUGGUAUUAAAAUUCUUGUAUUUGCAGCCGAUUAUUUGCAAACACUUGCAAAUAUUCGUGUGCUGCGUUCAAGUGUUGUCAUUUAAGCGGGAAUUGGGAACUUUUAUGGGAGUUAUGCACUGUUUGUUUUUGGUUUUAUAAACUUAUAUAAAUACAAAAAACAGACACACACUUAAAAAAAAAGCUCAUUUAGGCUGUUUAUCUGGUUUGACUACAAGGUUAGCAUGCAGGCUAACCACACCGGAACAAUGCUUCAAAGCCAAAGCAACGCUGUGUCCUCAGUGUACCGAUUGUGUAUUUAAACAAGUCUUUAUAAAUCUAUUUCUGUCCCAAUUAAUCUAGAUUAAAAGAAAAGGGUCACAGGGUCAAACACAUCCACUCUGCUGCUGCUGCUGCUGUUAGCCGUUUAGCUUAACCUUUGUACAGGCGGCUACACAAACAGCCCGCUUGUCAACUAAACGCUGCAGAGCUAAAACUGACUUCAGCGCGUCUGAACACCGGUAGAGAAACCUUCCUUCAGCUGAAUACCUCCGUUAACAAAACUGUUCUUCCUGAGUCUCUCUGUCCUCCGCAGACUAGUUCCCGCCCUCCUCCAUGUGCGUCUGGCUGACCGGCUGCACCGAGAACGACGCCAAAGAUUGUUCUGUAGCUCCUCACGAUGGGGUGCUGCUGGUUAGAGUGUGUGUGGGUUUUUAUUUUAUUUUAUUUUUUUUGGUGAGACUAUUCCCACAUUUACCCCCAAAAUGUAAACCCCAUGCGUGUCUGCGUGGUCCUUCGGGAUGUCAUUGUGAAGUCAUGUGACUGGAGCAGUGGGUGACAUCUUAUACAUUGUGCUUUCUUUGGGGGUGGGGUGGGGAGGGGGGGAGAUUAAAAAUGUCAUUUCGUGGUUAUCUGGUUACUUAAUUUGGUCUUUUGUAGAUUAUUUUUCUGUGUCUAUUAUGAAAUUAAACAAAACAGGUGGUUUUCA